AACGUAGCGACAAAACAGGUAAACAAAACUGUUUCUGCGUUUGACGGCGAAACGUAGCGACAAAACAGGUAAACAAAACUGUGUCUGUGUUUUUAAAAGAACGACAGCAUGGAAUUAGUGUCUUUGAAGUUCCCGGACAUCAUAUGUGAAAUCCGAGGUACAAAACAAGCGGGAUUAGAAAGUAGCCAUCCCCGUUUGAUAGCUGCAGAGCGUGAAUGCCGAGGCUAAUUUUCCCUGUGACGCAGAAGAGACCUGCUUUUUCCGAAACCAUCAUUUCUGCGGCUAAUUCGGGAAAAGAGAGAAGAAGAAAAUGUUUGUAUUUCACGUGAAGCUCAGCGACUGAUCUUUAUUCAAAAAGAACACCACGGUUCAUCCACGAAUCAUGUAAAACUCUGCCAUGACAGUCACAAGUAGCGUUCCUUCAAGGAAGCUCUUCAGUGUUCCUCUGAAUCGUCUGGCUGCUUAAUUAUUUUUCUUCCUUUUGCGUUUUACUGAGAAAGCCAGGAAACAAUGCCACCUGCCUCCCUCUUCCUGCAACACUGGCUAAGUUCAGCGAUAAAUUCCCUGACUGGUCAGGGUCAGCAGCUUUUAUGUGCACGGGCUACUGCAACCAGAUCCUGACACACAGUACGCUCGCUAUUGUGUUCGAACCUCCGCUCUGCAACACUACCCACACAUAUGGUGCAUGCACGCACCCAGCCAGGCCUCGCUCUCUGACACGAAACUCUGCAGCAAGACGAACAAGAAGAGGCUCUUUCCAUUGUAGCCCUAUCAAAGAUAUAUAUUUAAUGGUGUUCGAAAGUGUUUGUGCCUUCUCAAAACCCUGUAGCUGUCUGCAGCAGCCAGGUGGAUUCAUGACAUGAAGUAUUUAAAGGAAGUUUCUGUUCCCGCUGAAAGGUGCCCUCACUCGACUAUUUCAGGAAGGUUUCUGUUCCUGCCCCAAGGUGCCUGUCGUCGUGGUGUUUGCUUAAUCACGUAGAGUCUUUCACUUGUGUUUGCACAAGCGUGCACGUUCCAGUGCUGUUGUGUUUUCUGUGAGUUUCCUGCAAAGUCUUCGUGUGAAGGUUCUGCAUGACCAGCAGGCGUGAUGGCUCUGUUCACUGGUGCUGCGCUAAUGCUAGGAUACAGUACCAGACAUGACCCUCCUCUUCCUCAGCCUCCAUCUUGUCCCACCGCUGCAGGAACUUCCUCCUUUCGUGGUCUGCUUCUGUUUCUGGUGUUAGCAACCAACCCGCUGGGUGGAUUUUAUUGAACGUGGUCAUUCGAUGCAGAUCUACAACCGGUUAAAUUUCAGAAUCAACUGCAUUAAAGAUGGCGUCCAGAGCUCCUCAUACUUGACAGCAUGAAAAUGGCAACAAUUAGGUCAUUUUUAAAGAUACUGAGCCAAAAUACUGGGUGUUAUAAGCUGAAAUGGUCACAGAUGUUGACAUACGGCCUGAGAUUGCUCACGACUAUAACUCCAUCGUUCAUCAGCAGGGGCGGAUGUAGGACUGAAGAAGAUCCGGGGCUUAACACACACGCGCGCGCACUAGUCAACAUCAUAUUUGUCUUGUACCACAUAAUUUUUAAUCUGAAGCUACAUAUUAAGCAUAUUCAGGGCAGAGUAUUGUUCCUGUUAGUGUUUAGUGUGAGAUGAUAGUAAAUAUUCCCUUUCUUUCUCCAACAACUUUAUCUGAUAGUAAGCUAACUUUAGGCAAACCAGCAGCACAACAAAUAUUUUCAAAUAAGACUCACAAACCUGAGUCAGCACCAGUCUCAUCAAAGCUGGGGUUCUGUCGUACUAUUGGUCUAAAAAACGUCCUUAUGUCCAUCUUCACUCAUGCGUUUCAGGCAGAGAGUGUAGAAGAAGCCGGUUGCUGAAGGGCUUCUUCUUCAGUGGUGGAGGCUCAGGCAGGCUGUAUACAAACUACUGCCAGCUGCGCCCUCUCUGUUGGACUUUGGUACUGCAUGUUACUUCCACGUUUGAGAUCCGGGGCUUUUCAUGAAACAUCCGGGGCUUCAGCCCAAGUAGCCGGGCCUAACGCCGCCCCUGUUCAUCCGUGUUAGAUGGCCUGAUGUGCCGGGGUUUAGUUUAGUUUAACGCUGCCUGCGUUUGUCUGGACUGCGUUGUGCAACAGCAGAGUUGGAUAAUCUUCUAUUAACUGCAAAAGAAAUGGUGAUAAAUUAUCACCGCUCAGUCACCUUUUAGGAAAUCUGCUUUGCAUAAAUAUCCCGUUAAAUGUGUUUUCUUUCCUCUGAUGAACUAAAAGUCCUCAGUUCCUGAUCAUAUUUAAGAAAAAAUCCAUUUACUUAAUGCACUGUUGUAUUUGCUGUGCCAUCAGCCUGGCAGGCGGUAAAUGAAAGGAGGAGGUGGAUCUUCUGUGUGUGGGUUGGCGGGUGGCAGGUGUCUGAUGCGUAAACGGAGAAGGUGGAGGAGAGGGGCGACAGGUGGAAGGAGGGCUGGAUGAGGUCUGGGUGGAGUAAGGGGUGUAUUUAAGACGCUGCUGUCCACGUUCUCCGUUAAAUCAGCCGUCAUCACCUCCUGUGUCUGCUCCUGAGCUGAUAGGCCGGCACCUCACCUCCACUCAGAAUGUCCAUGCCCAAAUCAGAGAAUGCCUCCACCCUGGAGAACGCCAUGCAGCUCAUGAUCCAGACGUUUCACAAGUACUCUGGAAACGAGGGGGACAAGUACACGCUGAGCCGGGCCGAACUUAAAGAGCUGCUCACCACAGAGCUCGGAAACUACCUGGGGAACGCUCAGGACAAGGAGGCAGUGGACAAGGUCAUGAAUGACCUGGACUCCAACAACGACGGGGAGGUGGAUUUCACUGAGUUUGUCAUCUUGGUUGGAGCUCUGACCGUAGCCUGCAACGACUUCUUCCUGGAGUUCAACGACAAGCCAGAGAAGAAGUGAAGCACCUCCGCCUCAGAGAGGCGUCCAGUCUGCAGACUGCACUCCACGCGCUCCAUGGAGGAAAACGGCGUGGGCAGGAGAGAAAACCCAUCCAGGACAUCCUGUCAUGGCACCAAUGUGCAAACACACACACACACACACACAUGCACACAUGAAUGCAAGGACACACACACAAACAUGCACACAUGCACGCACGCAGACACACACAUUGACGCACACACACGGCUGUAAUUGUUUGGUGUCCUUUUCUGUCAUUUCCCUUUGAAACUUUAUCAAUAAAAUCUCAAAAAGUCA